CAUUUUCAGUUUUCGGGCGGCGAGGGGUACUGUACACACACGUCCUGGGUUGAAGAAGAAGUGUUUCAGUGAUCUUUCACAAGACGGGGGGAAGUGUGGAAGAGAAGGAAUUGUGUGAAGGAAGAAAACGGUGCCCCAAAGGGUUUGUGUGCCAAAAAAAAGAGAAGUUUUUAGUGGAAAUUCCAUGUGAAAUGUGUUGAGGAAAAGUCUGUUGAAGAGACAUCAAGGGAUUCUGUGUGGUAGAGUGUGGAUUAUAUAGCAAAAAAGCUCUGUGGCUAAAGGAAAUUGGCAGAUCAGCUCCAGCAGCCUGUUUUUUUUGAGCUACAAAUCCUCCUGUGUGAGGUGUUACUUACACGCACAGAAGGAAGAUAAAAAGACUUGUUAUAAAUUUAAUUAAAGAAAGAGAAGAAGAAAAAACAAAGAGAAAGAGACUCUGUGUGUGUGGGAAGAUUAAAAGAGAGAGAAAAAAAGUGUAGAGAAAAGGGAAGAAGAAGAAAAAAUGGGUGAAGUGAAUGUGAAUUCAGGUGAGAAUGCAACGGAAAAGAUGAAUGGAGAUGUAAAUGGUGCAUGUGAUGAGGAUGAGCCAAUGGAUGUGGAUUCACAGUCACAGGAUGAAUCAGUGACGACAUCACUGAAGGAGCAGAAUAUUGAGGAAGUUACAACAGCUGAUGAGGAAGGGGAUGACAGUACAGUGGAUUCGAGUAUCCAAGAUGGGGAUCCACUGGCGGGUGCAUCGGCGAAGUCCGGUGGGGAUAGAUCUCCCGGACAAGGAGGUAAAAAGACAGAUGAAUCGGGAAAGGUGAAUGGACAUGGUGCCGAUGAUGCGGUGAUCAUACAAUCAGACUCUGAUUCGAGUAUUGAAGCGACAGAUUUGGUAAUUGGGGGUAAGGAGAGAAAUGGGACGAGUCGCAUGUCCGAUGAAGUUCAUGAGAUUCUCAGUGACAAGGAGGAUUGUGUUGUAAUUGAGGAUUCCAAGGAGCACCGAAGGAGUUCACGCCCACGGAAGACUGUACGUGAUUAUGCGGCGUACGAUGAUGAUGAUAUUGAGGAGAUUCUCGAGGAUCCCCUCACGGAUAGACCGUCAAUGAGGAAGACAAAAAUGCUGCCGCAGGAUCUCUCCGUGACACCCGUGAGUAGGAUGCCGAAUGAGGGGAAGGGGGGUGCGCAAAAGGAGCCAACAUUGGUGAUAAUUGACACAAAUACAAUGCUAAAUAGUCGAACAGCUGGGAAUUCCAUGAUGCAGAGCAUAAAGAAUGCCUCAUCGGUGGUUAAUUCCUCCACGACAUCUUCAUCGGGGUAUUCCGUAAUGCCUGUGGGUGUACCAGCACAGGGGGUCUAUCCACCCAAUAUUCGGGCCACCAUAACGCCCGUUUCGUCACAAACAAACCCCACAAUGCAGCAACAAUCCACAAAAUCCCUGAUAAAUCCCGCAAUUCAGCAGCAGAUGCAACCACCAAUUCUCUUGCCAGCGCUAACGGAUGAUAUGUUUGUCCUGGAGGCGCCUUCAUUCAUUGUACCCUACAUCUAUGAGAAACCCCCGCAGGAUGAUCUCAAGGAGAUUGUCCAAAAGAUGGGAGCUGAACUUGAGGAGAUGCGUAAGAAGGAGGAGAGUGAAAUGGACAAAGAGGAUGAAAGUGAAGAAGAUGCCAAUGCCGAGAAGACGGGUGAGAAGGCAGACGGAGCAGAUGGUGCAGGUGGUGAAGAUGCGCAGCAACAGGAGAAGAGCUCAAAGAAAUCCCGAAGAAGGCAAAAGAAGAAGAACCCGGAUGAUUCGUGGGAUGAAAGUGAUACGUCCACAGAUGAGGAAGCUUCGGAUUCCGAGGAGCGUACCAAAGUGCUGAUUAAGGAGGCAAAGGAGGAUUUGGAUGCCAUCAAGAAGCACAUUAUAACCCCUGAAACGGCUACAAAGGAAGCUACCCCCGUUGUAGCUGCCGCUACACCCGAUGCCCCAAAGAAGCCAUCGGAUAAUUACUUUGAGAGCCCCCUUGGGCAAUUUUUCAUGACGAUAGGCAUUAAUUUGGUGCAGGAGCACGUUCAAACGGACCUAUUGCGGCUGCAGAAGAAGAAGAGGAAUCAGGAUAGUGCACGCCUUGGGCAGAUUCAGACAGCGAUAAAUUCGCUAAUGAAGAAUCUCGAGAUAAGCAAAGUGAAGAAUGAACCGUUUAAAUUUGAUCUGAAACGCUGUGAAUUUUGCAAUUUUAAAACAGAAUCCGCCCUGGCGAUGGCAAAUCACUACGAGAAGCCACACUACAAAAAUAAUCUCUUCACAUGCAACUUUUGCACCUUCAGUACACGCCUCAUGCACGACGUAAUGUUCCACAUGGAGGCUGUGCAUAAUAUAAAGUGCAAAAUGGAGAAGGCACUGCCCUACCAUUUAUGCCCAAAUUGUCCCUUUGAGGACAAUGGGAAGUCCAAAAUGGUGCGACAUGCACUGAGUUGUGCGAAGAAAUUUAUGCCAGAAAUGAAUUUAGCACCUCCCGUGGAUUGGGAGCCACCUGCAAAGAUUCCGAGGAUUAAACCCAGACACGGGCUUGUUGGCACUGCAACGGCUUAUCAGCAAAUGGCAGCGCAACAACAACGCGCCCAGGCUGUAGCAAUGCCGAGACUCAGCAUAAAUCCCGUAAGUGCGAUGCGAGGUCGAGGGCGUCCGCAAACAAUUACCAAUAAGACGCCAAUUGGGACCGUUCUACGUGGCAAUUCCACGUCUAUGCGACCCAUUCUACCCGCUGGGAUGGUUCUUUCCAAUAACUACCCCAUGACAUCCACACAGGCAGCACCCAUGAUGCAACAGGUUAAUCAAGCAGCUAGCAAGACGAAGAGUCUACAGCAGCAACCGAGUAUUUCCAUUACGCCGUUACCACGACAGGGGAGUACGACAAUGACGCCGGCAGCUCUACAGGCGGCGGCGGCAGCAGCAGCCGCAGCGUCGGCUAAUAAGAACCUCAAACCGGGUCAACAUCCGGGCGCAAGUGGGGGCAAAUCGACAUUUGUCAUUUGUGAAAUAUGUGAUGGAUACAUUAAGGAUUUGGAUCAGCUGAGGAGUCACAUGCAGUGGAUUCAUAAAGUUAAGAUUCAUCCAAAGAUGAUCUACAAUCGACCACCGCUGAAUUGUCAAAAAUGCCAAUUUAGAUUCUUCACCGAUCAAGGCCUCGAGAGACAUUUGCUUGGCUCUCAUGGUUUGGUUACAAGUUCCAUGCAAGAGGCCGCCAAUCGCGGUCAGGAUUCAGGGCGGUGUCCCGUCUGUGGAAGGGUGUACCAGUGGAAGUUGCUUAAUCACGUUUCUCGGGAUCACAACAUGACACUGAAGCCAGCCCAUUUGUCGUACAAAUGCACCGUGUGCACGGCAACAUUCGGGAUGUACAAGCAGUUUGAGAAUCACGUCUAUUCGGCGCACAGUACGGUGGCGAAGAAGGCAAUGGACGGCAAGAAGGGCUCUGGGUCGUCGUCCUCAAUGGGUGGGUCGCAUUCAAAGGGCGGCGGCGGCGGCAGUUCGUCGAGCGGUGGCGGAGAUUCACUUCUCAAACCACUCAAAAUUAACGAUGAAAUCACAAUUAUUGCACAGCCCGCCACAAAACCCGGUAAAUCGCAACCAAUGGAGAUUGAGAGUCACGUUAUAGAUUAAAAAAAGAGAUGUAAAAAAAAUUCCAUGAGCAGGUGAAAAGAAUAAAAAAUGAAGAAAAAAAUAAGCCGAGAAAUUCCUCAAGCUGUGUUUUAUAUAAAAAAAAUGAAGAAGAGAAAAAGAUAAUUCUUAAGGUGAGUGCGUGAGUGUGUGCGUGCGUGCGUGAAUGGGAUGGAAAAGUUAACUCCAAAUAAAAAAAACAAAUAAAUUAAUUUUCAACGGAAAUAUUUCUUUCAUCCGAAGACGAUACAAAUUGUGUGGAAAGAAGAAAGAAAUUUUUACAUUUUAUUUGAAUUAAACUCCUUCUAUGGAAUAGUUAAUUGCAGAACUAUUUUUUUUUAGUUCUAGGAAGAAUGAGAGAGACAAAAGAACAAAUUUCUUCCACACAAAAAGAAGUUUCUCCUCCACUUGAUUUAAAUUUGCGUUAAAAAGAUGAAUUUCUCAUUUCAAAAAAAUUAUUUCUUUCUCGUCUAAAGGAAAAAUUAAAGGAGAUUAAGGAGAAACAAUUUUUUUUUUUUUUUGAAAAAAUAGAUUCUUAAUGAGAAAGAAAUGAAGAAAAUUCAAUAGAAUAAAUGUAAAGAAGUGUGCCUUCGUCGAGCACUCCUGGAAAUUUUUUUUAAUUAUUGUAUUUGCAAUUACAUCAAAAAAAUUAUUGAUAGAAAAAAAUAUGAGCGUCAAAAAGAAUUAUUUUGAUGGAAAUUUUUACCUUCUUUUAAAUAAAAUUUUUGAAUUGAGAUUUUUUUUUAUUGCAAUGGUAAAGUUCGAAUUUCUUCUCCUUAAAGAUUCUUUAAAAAAUAUUUUCUUAUUAAACAAUUUUAUUUAUUCAGUGUUUUGCAGUCACAAAAUAAAAAAAAAUCAAUUGAAUUUUAUAAAUCUUUCCAGCUUCUAAAGAUUUUUUCUUAAUUUCGAAAAGAAUUGACUCUCUUAGUACGAGCGCCUAUAGCUAGAAUUCCUUUUUUUAUUUAUUUUCUCAUUUAGAUCUUUUUAAAGAAUAAAAAACUAAAUCAUUUUUUUUCUUUUUUGUGUAAAGAAAAUGAGAUUUUAAUGAUAUAUACGGAAGACAAAAAAAAUGAGAAAAAAAAUGUUAGCUAAAAAUGCUUUUUAUGUUUAUACAGGAAGAAAAAAAAAUAUAAAUUUAAAAAAAGAGAAAGAAACAAAAAAAAGUAAAGCAAAGAAAAAAUUAAAUAAUUAUCCUAAUUAUUAUUAUGUAGGAAUGUAUUAAAUAAAGAGAAAAAAAUUGAAAGGCAGGUGUAAAUAUUAUACAAAAAAAAACUAUAUAGUAACUGUGCGAGAUGAUUUUAGAAGGUGUAUAAAAGAAGAAAAAAAGAUGUGGCACAAAGCUAAUUUUCACAUGAAAAAAAAUCUAAAUAAAAAAAACUGAUGAAUGUGGAAAUAGCCGAAAAUUCCGUGUGAGGCUGGAAAAUCUCACAAAAUUCUCGUGAAUAUUUAGGAUGAAGAAAAUCAAGGAGAAAAAAAGUAUAGACAGUAAUCAAUAUAUAGUUUAUUAUAAUAAUUUAAUUUAUUAAUUUCCUUCCCCCAAAAAAAAAACAAAACUUUCUCAUAUUUUAUGACGAGACAAGAUAUUUAAGAAGAAAAAAAAGAAAAAAAAUAGAGACAAACAAAACCUUUAGUAGAGAGCGAGAGAGGGAGAGAGAGUGAGGGUAAAAAAAAUUGAGGAUAAGUGUGAGAAAUUAAACGAAGAGAUAUUUGAUAAAAACUCUAGAAAAGAAAUUUUAGGUCAUUUUCAUUUUUUUUUAAACAUUUUUUUUUCACAUUCACCCCCGCAUUAAAAAACAGAAAAAUAUUUAAUAAAAAAAAACACUUUUUUAUGCUAAAAAAAAAGAAGAGAAAAAAGAAAAGAAAAUAGAAAGAAAAAAAUAUAUAUUACAAGUCAAUAACUGAGAGAUGAUUUAGAUAGAAAACCACUCAUGUAUAGAAAAAAAUAAAAGGAAAAUGAUAACGAA